UUGGGGAGUGAGGAAGAGGAAAGAGAGGAUGCAGAUGCAUUCUUUCUGCCGACUCUUCAGAUAGAGCUCCGAUGAGGACAGAGGGGAAGAGCAUGUCUCUAUUUUUACGCACCGGCUUUGGUUCCACUUCCCACGCGCCUAUUCCGCUGAUUAAACCAAAUCGGUUAGUUUACAGCUAGUAGUAAGCUACGGAACUUCUUCUGAGUUGUCUUUCGACUAACCUGUUCUUCACGAGAAAAAAAAACCUAGGGAUUACUCCGAGGCAUUACACGCGAAUUGAUUUGAGCCCAGGAAACUGUCCGAGCCUGAGGAUGGAUUUACCUGUCAUCAUUCUGCUCCUCCACCUGGCACUGACCGAGAUCAAAGCGCUGCUGACCAGUAGGGUGGCAUUAACAUCUGGAUGCCCCCUUGGCCACUUCCCAUGUGGAAACAUGAGUGAGUGCCUCCCUCAGGCUUUGCAGUGUAACGGACACAAAGACUGUCCCAAUGGAGCUGACGAGCGACGCUGUGGGGACAACAUUGGAUGGGCGGACUUAUUUGGUCAAACACUACAGAAUGCCAAUCCUACGGAGCAGUAUUUCCUAAAUGAGUGUUUACUUCAGGAGUAUCCAGAGAGUUGUGAUUGCAUACACACAGACGUGGCGUGUGUGGAGGUCAACCUGCAGGAUGUUCCCUCCCUCUCUCCAAAUGUCACCUGGCUCUCGCUGAGGAGCAAUGAGAUCAGAGUGUUAUCAGAUUCGGUUUUCUCUGAAUACUCUGCCCUGGAGAGACUGUUUCUGCAGAACAACAGUUUGCAGCAUAUAUCCAACAAUGCCUUCAGCGGUCUGCACAACUUAAAGCGGUUGUUCCUCAGUGAGAACUUGAUAUCCUCACUUAGUCCCGGUGUGUUCAGGGAUCUCUAUCAGCUAGAAUGGCUGAUGUUGGAUCACAACCCAAUGAGCAUCUUGUCCCAGGAUUCCUUCAUUGGGCUCCAGUCUCUCAUGUAUCUGUCCAUGGUCGACACCUUAUUGCAACAGCUUCCUCACCCGAGCUUCUGUCAACACAUGCCUGCUUUGGACUGGCUGGAUCUUGAGGGAAACCAGAUUCAAAACCUCAACUUCUCCAUUCUAAAGACCUGCAGCAAGCUCGAGGUUCUGUUACUGAUGGACAACAGGAUCAGAAGAGUUCCUGAAAACACCUUCCAGUCUCUGUGGAAACUGGCUGAACUGAAUCUGUCCAGCAACAGGAUUAAGGAGCUUCCCAAAAACACCUUCAAGAGCCUCUCUAAGUCGCUCCUUAAACUAAAUAUUUCCCACAACUCUCUUCUCCGCAUUGACCCCAGCCUCUUCAGCCAUCUGACACAUCUUCAGUCUCUGGCGCUGGAGGGGAUAGAGAUCCCAGCUAUCCAGACCAAAAUGUUCCUGCCCAUGAAGAACCUCUCCCACAUGUACGUACAGUCCCCUUUGUGUUAUUGUUUGUCAAACACUGUCGACCUUCUUCCCUCUGCUAGCACCCCUCUUUUGUAUUUGUACCUUCCUGUCUCCACCAGCUACUUUGAGAAGUUCCAGUACUGCUCCUACGCUCCUCAUGUCAGGUCAUGUAAGCCCAACACAGAUGGCAUCUCAUCCUUUGAAGACUUGCUGGCUAACAUGGUGCUGCGGGUGUCUGUCUGGGUCAUGGCAUUCAUUACCUGCUUCGGUAACCUCUUAGUCAUCGGCAUGAGGUCACUGAUACGAGCCGAGAACAACCUGCAUGCUGUCUGCAUCAAAGUCCUCUGUUGUGCAGACUGCCUCAUGGGUGUGUAUCUCUUUUUCGUGGGAGUGUUUGAUGUGAAGUUCCGGGGGCAGUACAAUCGUAACGCUCUGCUGUGGAUGGAGAGCGUGGAGUGUCGGACCAUUGGAUUCCUGGCCAUGCUAUCAUCAGAGGUGUCCGUCCUUCUUCUGACCUACCUGACUCUGGAGAAGUUUCUGGUCAUUGUUUUUCCCUUCAGCAAUCUGCGCCCAGGCAAACUUCAGACUGGGGUGGUCCUGGCCUCUAUCUGGCUGCUCGGGUUCAUUAUUGCUGCUGUGCCCCUCAUGAACGAAGACUUGUUUGGAAACUACUACGGCCGAAAUGGAGUGUGCUUUCCUCUGCACUCUGACAGGCAGGAAAAAGCUACCGCCAGAGGAUAUUCAACAGGGAUUUUUCUGGGGCUAAACCUGGUGGCAUUCCUGGUGAUCGUCUUCUCCUACUCCAGCAUGUUCUACUCCAUCUAUAAAACCGGCAUCAACGCCACAGACCUGAGGAGCAGACUGCACAGAGACGUGGCCGUGGCCAACAGGUUUUUCUUCAUCGUGUUCUCUGACGCCCUCUGCUGGAUUCCCAUAUUUUUGGUGAAAGUCCUCUCAUUAUUGGAGGUGGAGAUACCUGGCACCAUCUCCAGCUGGGUUGUCAUUUUCAUCCUUCCCAUUAACAGCGCCUUGAACCCCAUCCUGUACACGUUGACGACCAGCUUCUUCAGAGAGCAGGUGGAACUCUUACUCUGUCGUUGGCAGAGGAGACACAACUUGAAAAAAGACCGUAAAAGCCUCACCUCCUCCACCAUCUUCAUGGAGACACCGAGGGCUCCUUCAUACCAGCCGUCAGCCUACAUCCAGCAGGCAUCACUGACCGGGCCAGACCCUCGUUACGCCUGAGGGAGGAAGGAACUUUACCUGGCAAACAAACGGGUCAGGCACCUACAGCUGGAGGCCUUUAACAUGUUCAAAUGAGACAGGACUGUGUGUUAAGAAGUUUACACUUUUAUCAUCCCACAAAUAAAAACAGUGAUCACCUUGGGGGUCUUGCUCAAAGUCAAAUAAACUUGUGGACACAAUGAGCACUGGAUCGAAGCCCCAGCCUCAUGAUUGGUGGAAGACUCUUUGCACUACUUACAGUCUACCCUGAUGUGAUGCUAAACAGACUGCACUAAGGAAUGCAAAAAAAAAAAGAAAUAAGACUUGCACUUCAUAAAAUCCAGAACUCAAACAUGAUAAGAAAAUAAUAAUACUGACAUGAUACAAAACAAGAAGUCAAUUAAAGGAAGAAUGUGCGUCAUGAAUAAAGCAGAAAUCAAGUACAUACUAUGUAAAUAUCUCUCUGAGUCAUGACUGUCUGCAAUGAGUGAGAAGCGUGAGUCCUGCUGACUGUGUUGUUGACAGAGUCAUGUUUACAUCAUGUUUACAUGGACGAGGUGGCCAGCUUCUCCCCCUGCGUAUAAAAGCUGUUUUAGUCAAGGACUAGAGAAAUAACAUACUCACUGGCUGCUCAAGGGCGACAUCUACUGGAUCAAAAAGUCGCUCAUUCUUCCUUUAACAAUUGUAUUUGCUUUCAUUGAAUGCCCACAAAAACCAAAUUAAUAUUUCAAUUUAAGUGCCAAAAUCCUCAAAAAAUAGGACCUAAUAUUGCAGAUAAUACACCAUUAAAGUUAUGCAUUUAUUAUGCUGACCAAAUAAUCCAUAGCAUUUAUUAUGCAUCCCUCUGUACACCUGCUCUUUGUUGACUCAUUUUGUCUUUUCAGUUCUUUCUUACUCCAGCCUUCAUCAGGCUUUAAAACCUGACUCUUCCCUUCUUAAAUACCCCUUUUAAAUGGAAAUGACUUGCAAAUUUAAGGGAAGCAUUAACAUUUUUGCACAAUGCGGAUGUUAUUGUUAUAUGUUUAAGAAACAUAAACCUGCUGACAAUGGGUGAAAAAUGUAGAGAAACAGACCUAACCAUCGACAAUCACUGAAUGUUUUUCAUGAGUUAUGUGUGGAAACUGAUGCCAUGCCAUAUUUUUUAGGUUUUUCAUAUCAUCAUUAAAAUUGUACUCAAUUGUCUGGUAGAAGACAUCAAUUCUUCUGCAUGUACAAGUGCUCCUACUAUUUUUUAUCUGAACCUGUAUGAUAAAUCAUCUUCUUACUGAAAAGGUGCUCUAUAUAAAGCAUUGAUUGUAUUGUUGUCACUGACGA